AUGGAUUCAAGAGAGAGGGAUUACGGAUAUCCCCCGAUUGAGGGAGGACUUGAAGAUGCUGUGACUCCUGAGGCUGAUUCUGCUAGUGUACUCUCACUCAUGUUUGCAAACGCUUUCGCCGAUAGCUCAACAUCCAAAGUCAGCGGUGUCCACGCCCGACUCUCCAAACGAGGCCAAGCACACCAAGACUUUCCGGACCUGACGUCGGCGAAACUGAUCCAAUUUGUUAUCCUCAACCUCAAGAGUGGUGAUACCAGCGAUGCUAGCACUGCCAACGCAACACCUGGGCGGACUUCGUUGUCAUAUGCCCACCAGCUUCACCUUGCUUUGACUGCGUCUCGCUUGGUUUUGACUAAAGAUCAUCAAAAAGAUGACCAAGAGAUCGUGAGGGGCCCCCAAAGAAACGUCUCCAUGGGAGGCGCGACACUCUCUUGGACUGUCCACAUCCGCCGUCACCACUGGCAUUUCACCGGCACUUCACCAGGCUUCGAGUAG